CAACAACUGUCUCAUAACCCCAAAGUUUUCAAAUGUUUACGAAAAAUAAUAGUUAAGUUAAACAUUAGUAAAGUUCCAUUUAAUUAUUUGUUAACUUCUCACACACUUAAGAGUAUGGAUUUUACAAGAAAACCAAGUACACGCCCAUCUUUGAAGAAUGCCGAGGCAAAAACUUCCCCCCGUGAAUUGAAGUAUGAUAAUAAAUCUAAUGGCAAACGAUGGGACCAUGGAUUUUCUACCAGGACAUCAUCCAGUGGCUUUGGGUCGUCUGAAAGUUACCACAUCGAAGGCUCAUCAUCGAAAAGAAAUCUGCCAACUUCCACUCCUUCUGGGGCACAAGAGAAAAAAAUAAAACUUGACAAAGAGCCCCUUGAUGUUGGCCCUUCAGCACAGCCGGACAAUUUGGAUGACCUGGAAUUAUCAGCAAUUCUACAGCAAACUGUUGCAAAGCGACGCAGCAGCGGUUUAACUAAAUCGGAAUUCGAUGCGUUCGCUUUCUUCCUGAAUAAAGGAUCGAAUAACCCGGAAAAUAACAUGGCCGAUACUGGGGAAGACAUCUUUUCCCAGUCCUUUAACACCCAAGUGAUUAACCAAAUAAAUGUGGCGAUCGACGAUGAGGAAAGCAGAAGUUUAAUCGAAUCUGACGAUGAUAACAUUACUACCAGACGAAAAGCCGCAAAUCCCAGUAAAAAUAUAUUUAAACAUCCCAUUGCAAAACCUUUACCUCUUCAAGCUAAACCGCUUAAAGAAAAUUCCGGUGAUAGAUCGAUGCUCUUUACCAGUAAAGCUGCAACGAGUAAAUUCAUGAAAGAAGUCGACGAUUUGUUUGAACAGGUCGAACAGUCAAUAUGCCUGAUGGGAACAAGCGACGAAUUAAGGGAAAAUUUAAUUCCUGAUGAACUGUUGGACAUUCUGUUUGCUGAAGAUCAGUUGAAUGCAAACCCGAACAUCAACGAGAAGAUUGAAGAGUUUAAUAAGCCGGUUAACGAAGAAAGCUUUCUAGCGGAAGCCAAUUGCAGUCUGGGGACCGUUAUCAAGCAAGCCCUACUAAACAAUGCCACCAAAAUUAAUCAACCAAAAAGCGAAAUUAGUAACCUGGACUUGAGCCUAAAUAGAUCAGGAGUGGACGCGCCUGCCAAGUUCAAGCAAUUAGGAGACUUCUAUGGCCUCCCUGAUCACGUUAAAGACUUAGUCAAACAGUAUAAGGGAAUUGAUAAACUAUAUGACUGGCAAGAAGAAUGUCUGAAUAUGGCAAUAGAAAGUAGAUCAAAUUUGAUUUACGCGCUGCCGACCAGUGGAGGAAAAACCUUGGUGGCUGAGGUGUUAAUGUUGCGCGAAAUUUUAUGCUACCAAAAGAACGUCAUCUUCAUUCUGCCCUAUGUUGCCAUCGUUCAAGAAAAAGUGUGGGAUUUCUCGCCAUUUGGGGUUGCAUUGGACUUCUUAGUCGAGGAAUAUGCAUCAAAUAAAGGCGUUUACCCUCCACGGAAGCGGCGAAGAAAAAACUCUGUUUAUAUUGCCACAAUAGAAAAAGGACUGGGCUUGCUAAACAGCUUGAUAGAGACGGGAAGACUUAGUGAAAUCGGCCUAAUUGUUAUCGAUGAGCUUCAUCUCAUCGGCGAAGAAGGGCGGGGUGCUACUCUCGAAGCUUGUCUGAGCAAGAUCAUCUUUUUAGCUGAAAACAUUCAAAUCGUCGGAAUGAGUGCGACUAUUGGGAACAUCGAGGAUAUUUCGAAAUUCUUAAACGCGGAAGUCUACAGGAAAAACUUUCGCCCCGUGGAGCUGACCGAAUACGUAAAAUGUGAAAACCAAAUAGCAAAAAUCAAUUGGGGCUGCAAGGACGAGAACGAUUUGCUAAUAGACGUGAAAAAACUGGAUUUCAAGUAUUCAGAAGCUGUAUCCAAAUUGGAUCCUGAUAUGUUAGGCGGAUUGGUUCUGCAAGUCGUCCCUAAAGGGUCUUGCCUUGUGUUUUGCCCCUCAAGGACCAACUGCGAAAAUGUCGUUCAUUUGCUGUGCAAACUGACUAAACCGCAUUUAAAGGAUUAUAAGAAGAAUGAAAAGAACGAACUUCUUAAAGCGCUAGAGGAAGAUUGUGGGGAACUUUGCCGCGUUCUCAGAACAUCAGUGCCAUUUGGAAUUGCCUACCAUCAUUCUGGUCUAACAAGUGAAGAGCGGCGCUUAAUCGAAGAAGCCUUUCGAGCUGGCACCAUUUCCGUGAUUUGUUGCACUUCUACUUUGGCAGCCGGCGUAAAUUUACCAGCAAGAAGGGUAAUACUCAGAUCACCAUAUACCGGCAAGGAGUUUAUAAAUUUGUCAAAAUAUAAACAAAUGGCCGGCCGAGCAGGUCGAGCCGGACUAGGGGAAACUGGAGAAAGCAUCAUUGUAACGUCCAGUGCGGACUUGCCUAAAGUAAAGAAGUUAUUAAUGAGCCCCAUGACUCAGGCGAUGUCAGAUUUGCCAUCUUCCGAAGGAAAAGGCCUUAGUCAGUUGCUGCUCAGUUGCAUAAGUUUAGGCAUAGCGAAUACGCGAUUUCAAUUGCAAAAGGUGUCGCGAUCAACCCUGAUGGCUGUGCAGGAGGAUCGGUUGGAUGUAAACAUAAAAGCGUUGACUGAUAGUGUGAUUAAGAAGCUUUUUAAAUUGGGGGCUCUACAAGAGGGCGACGACCAAGAAAAGUCCAGAAGUGUUGCAUCGCAAUGCAAUGUAUCUGUGAAGAUGGAUACUUCAGUAAUGGAUUUGGAAUCUAUAAGCCAAGCCAGCAGCAGCAAUAAAUCAAAAAGAACCCUAGUGCUAACGAGCAAUGCAAAGCUAGUUGUUAGCAACUUAGGGAGGGCAGCCAUCAAAGCUGGCUUGCAAUUAACUCGAGCCCACCAGUUGUACGAUGACCUCCAUCAAGCCCAAAAGAGUUUAGUCUUGCUCAAUUGCCUUCAUUUGCUUUACCUAGUUACGCCGUACGAAACAGCGAAUCAAAUAAGGCCCAACAUACACGUAUAUUACGAUGUGCUAACGCACCUACACGAGAGAGAAAUGCAGACUGCCCGGAUACUGGGAUUUGACGAAGCAUGUAUUACAAAAAUGGCCACAGGCCAAACUGCAAAGCAAGUUCCGGAAAAGGUUCUUAACAGAUUUUACGUUACCCUAAUGCUCAAUGACCUUUGGAAUGAAAUGCCAGUCUUCCAGGUGUCCGAUAAAUAUCAGAUAAACAGAGGGAUUGUGCAAAAUCUCAUGACGGUUUCCGCCACAUUUGCCACCAACGUGGUUAAUUUCUGCGUGGAAAUGGAAGAAUUUUGGGCCUUCUCUCACCUAUUAAAAGGACUAAGUCAGAGAUUGUCUCAUUGUUGCAAUCGCGAACUAGUGCCACUCAUGGAACUGCCUGCAGUCAAACAGAGUCGAGCCAAACAGCUGUACAAUGCUGGCUACAAGAACCUGCAAAGCAUUGCCAAGGCAAAAGUGCACGACUUGAUUGAAAAUAUCGAGUUUAUGUCGCGAAGAACUGCUGGACAGCUCAUUGCGGCCUCUAAGAUGUUGUUACUGGAAAAGGUAGAGAAUCUUCGCGAAGAAGCAGAAGACGUACUGGACGGCGUUGAAAACCCCAGAGAUUUUCUUCAUAGAACUCCAAAGUAAAUAAUGGAUGGUUAAUAGCAAUAGAAAAAUUGGUCUUAUUCCUUUAUAUUGUUCACUGUUUUAUCAGUAUUAGGCAAAAUUACAGAAUUGAACAUUGCGUUUAUUAUGCAAUAUUAACAA